AAAAAAGAUGAAUUCUGAAGACUGCUCUAUAACGGAGACCAGCUCUUCACAUCUGGAGAGAGGGCAAAAGGAUCACGGCACCAGUAUACAUUUUGAGAAGCAUCAUGAAGGAUCCAUUCAAGUUCCUAUCCCUUGUGCUGUGUUUACUGUCUUCAUCAUCACUUCCUUAAUUAUAGCUCUCGUUGCCUUGAGUGUGGGCCAGUACAAUUGCCCAGGCUUGUAUCAGAAUUUGGCAUCAUUGGACCACCGUGUUGCUUCCUGCCAGGACGAGUGGGUUGCAUACCAGAGGAAAUGCUACUUUUUCUCCACCGCAACCAGCAGCUGGGCCUUGGCCCAAAACUCUUGUUCUCGAGAUGAUGCUACACUCGCUGUUAUUGAUUCCGAAAAGGACAUGAUAUUUCUGAAGCGACAUGCUGGAAGACAGGAACACUGGAUUGGAUUGAAAAAUGAAGUUAAUCAGACAUGGAAAUGGGCAAAUGGCAAAGAAUUUAACAGAUGGUUCAACCUGACGGGGUCUGAGAGGUGCGUGUCUCUAAACAGCACAGACAUUGCUACUGAGGACUGUGAGAAGAACUUACACUGGGUCUGUAGCAAGCCCUCCAGAUGA